AUGCUAUCUAAUAAAUCAAUUUUCAAAGACUUAAACUCAAACUCUGAUUCCCCUUUCUGGAUUAAAUAAUAUUAGAGGAAAGCUUAAGGGUGGCAAUUUAGUUUAAGAAGAAAGAUAAUUGGAUAAAAUGAGAAUGUAUAACUUGUUUUAAUUUAAAGGAAGGCAAAUUCAAAGGAGAGGAUGAAAAGAUGGCCUACUACAAUAGCAGCGUAUAAAUAAAAAAGAGAUUAACAUAGAUUUGAGAAAUUUACUGCAGUAGAGGAAGAGAGAAGGUAAAUUGAUAUUGAAGAGGAAAUCUUUUAGAAAGGACAAAAGAAGAUUACUUUAGAAUAAGCAAAUAAAUAAAUUUAUGAAGAUAGCGAUAGGUUAAAGUUUUUCAUGAAAAAAUGUUAUUUUCUGAUGUUUUGUAGGAGAGGGAUGAAUAAAUUGUAAUGGAGAAAUAUAAGAAAGAACUUCUUAAAUAAUAAAAAGAGAUAUAUUAAUAAAUUUUAGAAGAGUAAUUAGAUGAAUAUGAUUAAUAAUAGAGUUUGA